GUGUGUUAAACCCAUGGCAAUCCCCAAAGGUUUGAAAGCUAUUUAUUAGUAAGCUAGUUUUAAUGAAAUACAGGAUUUAUGUUUAGUAAAUGCUACUUGAUUUGCUUAAGUGAUGUGCCUAAAUGAAAUUGCAGAAGGAAAGAGCAGAACCUGUAGGUGGCGGUAAUGUUUCCUCGGAGUAAGCUGCCAAUUGACUAUAGAAAGGAAAGCUGGAGAGCAAGAGUGCAAAGUGUAAACACACGGCUAUGGCUGACGAGAGGGGUGGAGGCGACAACAACAACGUUGAGGAUAAUAUGGGGAACCAGCUACAGCUUCUACCUGAAAAUGAAGAGGAAGAUGAUGACUUGGAAAUUGAAGAUCGAGACAGUGAUGAGACCGAAAAACCCAACAUUAUCAACUUUGACACCAGUCUGCCGACGUCACAUGCAUACUUGGGCUCUGACAUGGAGGAGUUCCACGGGCGCACGGUGCAUGAUGAAGAAAGCGUCCAGGUCCUGCCGGUGCUGCCCCACGCGGCACUAAUGCUGAUCCCCGGCCAGACUGUUCCCCUGCAGCUCUUCAGACCACACGAGGUCAGCAUGAUGCGCAACCUCAUCACCAGGGACCGCACCUUCGCCGUGCUGGCUUACAGCCCUAGUGACAGUGGCGAGCCGGUGGCAGAGUUUGGCACGACAGCAGAGAUCUAUGCAUUCCGGGAGGAACAGGAGUACGGGAUUGAGACUGUGAAGCUAAAAGCUGUCGGCCGCCAAAGGUUUCGUGUCCACGAGCUGAGGACGCAGGCUGAUGGGAUUCGGCAGGCUACGGUGCAGAUCCUUCCGGAGCGAAUCUUACCAGAUCCCCUGUGUGCACUUCAGCUUCUCACCCGCCUGCACAUACACAAGCAGAACCAACGAUGCCGUGGCAACAGACAAAAGACUCUCCGCUGUGCCAGUAUGACCGCGUGGCCACCAUGGGUCUAUGCACUUUAUGAUUCAGAGACACUUAUGAAAAGGGUAAAGAAACAGCUUCACGAGUGGGAUGAGAACCUCAAAGAUGAAUCCCUUCCUACAAAUGCUAUAGAUUUCUCCUACAGGGUUGCUGCUUGUUUGCCCAUAGAUGAUGCUCUGAGGUUGCAGCUGCUGAAAAUUGGCAGUGCCAUCCAGCGGCUACGCUGUGAGCUUGACAUCAUGGACAGGUGCACUUCUCUUUGCUGUAAGCAGUGUCAAGACACAGAGAUCACCACUAAGAGUGAGAUAUUCAGUCUGUCUCUGUAUGGGCCUAUGGCGGCGUACGUGAACCCUCAUGGCUACGUGCAUGAGACGCUGACUGUCUAUAAAACUAGCAACCUCAAUCUGAUUGGACGACCUUCAACACUGCACAGCUGGUUCCCGGGGUACGCGUGGACCAUCGCACAGUGCCGAACAUGUGGCUCUCACAUGGGGUGGAAGUUCACGGCGGUGAAGAAGGACUUGAGCCCUGUGCGUUUCUGGGGCUUGACCCGCUCUGCUCUGCUACCCACAAUCCCGCAGAACGAGGAGGGCCUGGAGGGUUCCCGGGUGCUCUGCCUCUGACCUUUUGACCUUUACACCGUUCCGCGACCUACAACUCGAUUCUGACCCACAUCGCACAUUACUCUUACCCCGACAUCUCGGUCCGCCUCCUUUAACAUCAUUAUCAUACAGAUGGACAAUCCGAGUGUGCAGGACAAGUGAAUAUCACUUGGGUAGGAAUGACGUGAAGGAAAGAGAAGGGUUAAACUACUGAGUGAGAUUGGAUAGAAAGAGAAUUGUAGGUAAUACACAGUGUUAUCUGAUCUGUCUCCAGACACCAGAGCAUAUAUGUAUCUUGGUGAAUCUAACCAUGUCAAAUACACAGUGAGCUCCUCUGUCCAUCAGUUGGCUUCUGCACACUCUAGCUUUAGUCCACUCGUACGCAUGCGUGCCUGCAAGUUGGGGGUGUGCCAUGUUUGUAUCCAUAUGGAUUUUUCUUUUGUUUUGUUUUAAAUCAGAACGUAUGAUUUGAGCUAUGUCAUGAUGUUGACACCGUUUGAUGGGAAGUCCAAUGGAAUAUGAGAAUCAAACAUGAAUCAGGGAAGGGGGAGGUGGCUCUGUAAUCAGCUGACCCUGAUAGACUUAAAGGGGGACUAAGUGCAGAGUUUUUAUAUGGAGGAAGUUGUCUUCUGUAAUUAUUAUAUUUUUGUAUUUUUGUGAUUAGCGUCAAUCAGAGCCAAUUUGGUUGGAAAAGGUGAGUGCCUCUCUCACAUCAGUAAUGAGAACAUAUCGCUGUGAAAGAUCAUUAAAACAGUCCUCCGAAAUCCAAAUAUACUCUCAGAAUGUCUCACAGACCACUGCUAGAUUCAUAAAACAGCAAACAUGCACAUAAACACAUGGCAUAUUGUAAAAGGAUGUAAGAUUUAUUUGUGUGAAAAGUCAUAAACCUAGUGCUGAAA